AUGGGUGAUCACGACUGCCCAACAACUCAACACAAGGGUGAAGAUAUGCCCAAUCCAACUCCAGCAAGGAAGGUCCCAUACUAUACUCCUCGCCAGGCAAUUCCAUCAGGAACAGCCAUCAUUCACCCCAACAUCAACACCACACUCCCAAAGCUCUUCCAGCCCAUCACCCUCCGCGGACUCACCCUCCAAAACCGCAUCUGGGCGUCCCCUAUGUGCGAGUACUCUGCCGACGACGGCCAUUUCACCGACUGGCACUUGACGCACUUAGGCGGCAUCAUCCAGCGAGGUCCCGGUCUCAUCAUCACCGAAGCCACAGCCGUGACCGCAAAAGGCAGAAUCACCCCUGAAGACGCUGGUCUUUGGAAAGAUUCUCAGAUCGAACCUCUGAAGCGGAUUUGUGACUUUGCACAUAGUCAAGGUCAACACGUUGCUGUCCAAUUAGCGCAUGCUGGGCGCAAAGCAAGCACCGUUUCGCCUUGGAUUGAUCGGAAAGCUGCUGCCACAGCGGAAGUUGGUGGAUGGCCUGAUAAAGUGAUCAGUGCGAGUGAUAUCCCUUAUAGCAAGGAAACGUGUAUUCCUCGUCCUAUGACCUUGGCCGAUAUCGACAGCUUCAAGAAGUCAUUCAUAGAAGCUGUUAAGCGAGCUUUGAAAGCUGGCGUUGAUGCAGUUGAAGUCCACGCCGCCCACGGCUACCUCCUACACUCGACUCUCUCCGCGGCCACUAACCAACUUCUUACCCCUUAUAGCGGUUCCUUGAAGAACCGCAUGCGACUCCUCCUCGAACUUACUGCCCUUGUCCGUGCCAAUAUUCCCGACUCUAUGCCUCUUCUCGUCCGAAUCCCAGGCUCAGACUGGUGCGAACACCUUCCUACCAUCCCCGCCUGGGACAUCUCGCAAUGCGUGGCCCUCGCACGCGCGCUAUCCGCUCCAGAACUCGGAGUUGAUUUUCUCGACAUCACAUCUGCAGGUCUAAUGGCGGAGCAGAAAAUCACGUCUGGGCCAGGAUACCAGGCACACUUCUCGAAGGCCGUUAAAGAGUCCGUCGAGGGCACAGGAGUCUUGACUGGAGUAGUGGGGAUGAUUAAGAAGGGGAAGCAGGCGGAAGAAUAUCUGCAGGAGGGAGUGGCUGAUGUGAUAUUGGCGGGGAGGGCAUUUCAGAGGAAUACGGCGUUGGUGUGGGAUUGGGCUGAAGAGUUGGGCGUGGAGGUGAGGUUGGCGAAUCAGAUUGGGUGGGGGUUUGGGCAGAGGGCUAAGGGCGGUAUGGUCGGUGAGAAGCCGGUGACUCAGUGA